AUGUCCCGGGUUGGGCAAUUGGCCGCAAGUCUGGGCCUGAUGGCUCUUCCGCCGGUCCUCGGACAUCCCGCCAACCAACAUUCUACAAAUACUUCAUCCUACGGGCCCGUUCUGUUAGAAAACUUUGAUGCCAUUGGGGCCUGGUUUGACGGCGUGGCAGCAAUCAACGGAACCUCUAUUGCUCGUCGACCAAACGCCACAAUUGCCAUAGUUGGUGGUGGCAUCUCUGGUCUCGCCACAGGGUUGAUGCUUGAUAGCAUUGGCGUUCACAACUGGGAGAUCAUUGAGGCAUCUGAUCGAAUUGGCGGUCGAUUCAGGACGAAAUAUGUUGGUGGCACUCAGGAAUGGGCAGAAAUGGGACCCAUGAGACUGCCCUAUUCGAUCAAAUAUAAAAGCGACAAUACAACCCAUGAAUACACCGAUCACCGAAUGACUUUUCAGUUAGCGGAGUGGCUAAAUGACCUUAAUAAGAACGAUAGCAAGUGGCAAGUCAACUUCAUCCCCUGGUUGCAGCACCACCCCAAUGAGCUUCUGGCCAGAGGAACCGGCCGCCAUCCCGAUGGAAGAAUUCCAACUCGAGGUGAAGUCGCCGCAAAUCCCAAGCUGGCAGUCCCUCCCCCCAUGACAAAUGCAGAAUACAAUCGCACUAAGAGCUCAAUGAAUGGCAUACUCAAGAAUGAGACUCGCCUGCGAGAAAUUCAGAGUGAUAUAUGGCGCGCGCAUGAGAAGGCAAUGAAACAGAAUCUGGACGAUUGGAGCGAGCAAGCCAUGAUGCGACACGUAUUUAGGGCUAGCGAAAACGUGACGGAUGCGAUUGCUACAGAUACCGACUACGAGGUAUUUUGGGAUGAAAUGGUGCACAAUUCAAACUUGGCACAGGACGGCGGGAAAAGUGCGCUGGGAGAGACGGAAUGGAAGUGCGUCGAGGGAGGGUUUAACAGGUUAUCCGAUGCCUUCACACCCCAUUUGAAGGGGAGGGUGACGUUCAAUCGCAAGGUCAGAAAGUUGGAGCCUGUAAAGGACGGUAAUGGUGGACUUCGGACUCGACUGUCGUGGUAUCCCAGCGUGACGAACCGCACGGAUGAAUCCAAGGACUACGACUACACCAUUAUGACGCUGCCCUUUACCAUGACACGACUCAUGGACCUCCCCAAGUUUUCAUCGACGCUGAGUAGGGCCAUGGGUGAACACGGGCUACGGUUUAAAUCAGCGUGUAAGGUGGCGUUGCUGUUCAAGGAGCGGUUCUGGGAGAAAGGCGAACGGCCCAUCUUCGGCGGGUAUUCUCAACCGGAGAGUGCUGCCGUGGGAGCUCUCUAUUACCCAAGUUAUGGAUUGAACGAGAGUCGACCGGGACUCAUCACCCAGUACCGUGGAGGGGAUUGGAGCGAUCGGUUUGUCAGUCUCUCGGAUGAGGAGUAUGUCGGCAUGGUGCUAGACGCAACCAUCAGCUUGCACGGCGAAGAAGCGCGGCGACUGUACACGGGAAAGUACGAGAAGCUCUGUUGGUUACAGGACGAGCAUUCUGCGACAUCGUGGUGUCGGCCGAGUGUCGAGCAGCACAGGCUGUACAUCCCGUCAUAUCAUCGGACAGAACACAAGACGAUAUUUAUUGGAGAGCACACGGCCCCAACGCAUGCGUGGAUAAGCUCGUCGUUGCAUUCGGCGGUGAGGGGAUCGGUGCAAUUGCUGUUGGAGUUGGGUAUGGUGAACGAGGCAAAGGAGUUGAACAGGAAGUGGAUGGGAAGAUGGAUUGGCCAGGAAAGAGAAGGCAGAUGA